AUGCCUCCAGAGACCUCAGGAGAUAAGGUUUCCCAGCCGAGGUCGCCUCAUUACCAUUCACUCGGGGGUCUGAGGUCGCCAGGGUACACGCAGGUCGCCGGGUCGCUUCUAUCGCUUCCUUUGGUGGAAAUUAAACUUGGUUUUAAUUCGAAAGAGAGUCAGGCAUAUUUUCUGAGAGAGGACAAGGUCCAAGAAUCAAUAGGAACGAUCAUGGUAGUGGGAAGAAGUGAGAGAGUUCGAGAAGUCAGAUAUAGAGAGGAGAUUCAGAGACAGGAGAUAUCAUUAUUGGGAAUAGUACGAGAGAGAGGUGUCAAGUCAGUCUCAAGAGAUCAGAGUCGAGUUCAGAAGAGUAGAGUCAGAGAUCAAGAGAGUCUAGGAACCAAUCUGCUGGAUGACAAAGGAGUGAAUAUUGAAAGCAAAUACUUCAGUCAUCCCAAAUUUGCUGAUAAUAUAAUCUUUCUGAAAGCCACAGAAGAACCAGAACGAAUGCCAAAUGACCUCAACGAAGCUAGUCAGAAAGUCGGCCUCACCAUGAACAUUAGUGAAACCAAAAUCAUGAGAAACGAAUAUGUGGAUGAGGAAGACCCAGAUCAAACUGUUACCGUCCAUGACACAGCAGCUGACGAAAUUGAUCAUUACACCUGCCUACGCUAG